AUGGAUGAUAAGAAAACGUUAGAAAUAUGGUAUUCGCUACCACAGAAAACACAAUCAUCAAAGAACAACAACAGCAAUCACGAUAUAUGCAGGCUUACACAAGCACAAACAGAGCCUAGAGGCCAGAAGAUAUUGCAGCAGCAAAUCAAUAAUUUGUUCUAUCACAUCCGCACCACCAGUCCUUUGAUAAACAGCGGUUAUGAUGGGAUUGCACACGGCCUCGACCUCCUUGAGCUUCUCCACGCAAUCCUCCUUCUCGGCAUUUUGGUAGUCGUCCAGCCACUCGAGCGCCCCCUUAGUGCGGCCUCGACCUUGUGGCCCUUAUCGUUGGUGAUGGUGAUUUUCUCCGACUUGCUGGAGGCUUUGUCUUCGGCUGUGACGUUGAGGAUGCUGUUGGCAUCCACCUCGAAGGUCACCUCAAUUUGCGGGGUCCCCCUGCUCGGCAACAUUCACAGAAUUUGA